UCACGGCGGGGCUGGCGGGCGGCGACGUAGCGCGGCGCUCGGAACUGACCUACUAACACACAUCUCCCGGCGCGGCCACGGCGCCCGCGGACCCGCGCGCCACCCGCCUCCCGAGCCGCGCCCUCGCCUCCGCCCGGAGCCCGGCCCCAGCCCGAGCCCAAGCGCCGCCGGGCCCGCUCCCGGCCCCCGUUCCUUCUCCCCGCCGCCCUGCUCGCCGGCCCGAGAGCAGGAACACGGUCACCUAGAAGACCCCACUCCACUCGGCGGGAGAGCAGGAGACUGUCCCGGGCAGGGCAGGCAGACAGGAGGAGGGACAUGGAUGGAUGUUGAGGCGCGGGCCGCACAGCAUUUGAGAGCGCCGGGGACGGCGGCACCGCGAGGGCGCGCCUCCCAUGCAGCUGAGGAAGAUGCAGGCCGUCAAGAAGGAGCAGGCCUCGCUGGACCCCGGCUGCAGCGCGGACAAGGUGAUGGUGCUCAGUUCGGCCUUAACUGACGUCUCCGAAGACUUGUCGACAGGAGAGGAGCUGCUUCUGGGUGAAGGGAGUGUGGGGAAAGGCAAGUCCUCCGCGUGCCGGCGGAAGCGGGAGUUCAUCCCCGAUGAAAAGAAAGACGCCAUGUAUUGGGAGAAAAGGCGGAAGAAUAACGAAGCUGCCAAGAGGUCCCGGGAGAAGCGCCGGCUGAAUGACCUGGUGCUGGAGAACAAACUAAUUGCACUGGGAGAAGAAAACGCCACUUUGAAAGCUGAACUGCUUUCCCUAAAAUUGAAGUUUGGUUUAAUUAGCUCCACAGCGUAUGCCCAAGAGAUCCAGAAGCUCAGGAAUUCCGCGGCCGUCUACUUCCAAGACUACCCGGCCGCGGCGCCCGGCGGGGCCUUCGCGGACGAGCCGGCGGCCAGCAGCUGCAUCUCGGUCAUCAGGCACUCGCCGCCGGGCGCGCGGGCCGAGGGCGCCGAGGGCUCCCUGGAGCCGGCGCGGGAGGGCGCGCAGAGCCGGAGCGGCUGCCCGAGUCCUGCCGGCAAGCUGCAGGCCAUCAAGCAGGAGCCGGUGGAACUGGAGGGCUACGCCCGGGAGCCCCGGGACGACCCCGGCGCCUACCGGGCGGCCGCGUAUCAGAACUACGUGGGCAGCUCUUUCCCUGCCUACUCACACUCCCCGCCUCUCCUGCCGGCCAGCCGGUCCUCCAGCAACUCCCCGAGAACGUCGGAAACCGAUGAUGGUGCCGUGGGAAAGUCCUCGGACGGAGAAGAUGAGCAGCAGGUUCCCAAAGGCCCGAUGCACUCGCCCCUCGAGCUGCAGCAUGGACAUGCCACGGUGGUUAAAGUCCCGGAAGCGAACUCCUCUGCUUUGCCACACAAGCUCCGCAUUAAAGCCAAAGCCAUGCAGAUCAAAGUAGAGGCGCUCGACACUGACUUUGAGGCCACUCACAAACUUCCCUCGGCCGUUGGCACGACGGCCAAGAGGCAUUUCGGACUGGAGAAGCUCAGUGCCCCAAGUGCGGGCCAUCCCCCCCUCACUCCUUUCUCAGUGCAGGUGACUAACAUCCAAGACUGGUCUCUCCGGUCGGAACACUGGCAUCAGAAAGAACUUACGGGCAAAACUCAGAACAGUUUCAAGACUGGAGUUGCUGAAAUGAAAGACAAUGGCUACAAAGUGCCCGACCCAGAGAACUUGUUUUUGAAGCAGGGCAUCGCAAACCUGUCUGCAGAGGUGGUCUCGCUGAAGAGACUUAUCGCCGCACACCAGAUCUCUGCGUCCGACUCGGGGUGAAUUACUACUGACCAGCCUCUCCCGGGGGGCGCCACUGGCCGCCAUGCGUGCGUUUUGUGUCAGGCUGCGUUUCACUGGACCUGUGAUGUCAUUUCACUGUACUGUUCACACAUUGUCUGUCAGGUCUCUUUUUCUGCACAAAUUAUUAUGAAGAUUAGAUUGUGUUAUCACCCUGCCUUGUGUAUAGUCAAAUAGUCCAUGAAAAGACUGUAUAUACUGAACAUUAUUUUUUUUGUUCUAUUAGAAAGUGUGGAAGUUACCAGUUUCAAUAAAGGAUUGGUGACAAACACAGAA